CAGGAGCGACUAGCAUCUGAGAGAAACGCAGCCUUAACUAAUUCCAACAGGAAGGGCACUGACAUUCCAGGUAACUUAUACAGACCGAGACUGCAUUUAGGUAAAGAACCGGGGCAGGAUUAUAUCAACGCCAUGUAUGUAAAUAGCUACACACAAAGGAAAAAAUUUGUUCUCGCUAUGACCCCGCUUGAUGAGACUGUGGCUGACUUUCUUUGCCUCACAAUACAAGAAACAGCCGCCUGCAUUGUCGAUAUGGAGAAUGACAGUUCCCUGUACAUUCCCGAUGUUGGCACGCAAGCAAAAUUCGGUUCAUACACAGUAGACAAUCUUCGAGAGAAGUCAACAUCGUACAGUGUCAACCGGGUACUUAGAAUAAGCUACAACGGCCGGGGAGGACCUAAGGAGCAUACGGUGUCACACUACGAAUAUACGGGAUGGCCAGACAAUGCAGAAGUUCCCGAGUCUGCUAAAAACUUCUUGCAUCUUGUUAAGGAAGUAGAAACAAAGUCCGCAUCUGGAUCUGUCAUUGCGCACUGCAAGACUGGAGGCGGACGCUGCGGCAUGUUUGCAGCUGUUUGGACUAUUCUGGAGAAGACUGGCAUUGAACAUGAAGUAUCGAUAUUUAAUACAGUUCGCCAGCUGCGGGCAAGGCGACCAAAUGCCUUAUGCACUAGUGAGCAGUACGCAUUUUGUUACGAAUGUGUUCGCGAGUAUCUUCAAACAUUCGACAUCUACUCCAACUUCUCGUAGCAACUUGAAAUCACAAAACUUGUAUAAAAAUACCUAUAAUCAUUCUACAUAUACGUACAUAAAGCUGAAUGACUCUAUAAGUGAUUUUGUAUUGAUUGUGUUCAUGAAUAUCUACAUCAAUUCUACAUAUACUUACAUGAAUCUGGGUGACACCAUAUGUGCUCUUGCCUCGGGUGCGUCUAUAGCUAUAUACAGUCAUUCUACAUAUAAGUACAUGAAUCUGUUGACUCCACAUGUGCUCUUGUAUCGGACGCCUUCAUGAUUAUCUACAGUCAUUUUAAAUAUCCAUACAUGAAGCUAGAUAACUUCACACGUGCUCUUGUUUUUAGUGUUUAUGAAUAUCAACAGUCUAUCUACAUAUACGUACAUGAACAUGGAUGACGCUUCGCGCGCUCUUGUAUCGAGUGUACUCAUGAAUAUCUGCAAUAAUUUGGCCCUUCUAGCAAUUUUGUUACACAAACACGAACUCUAACCUUGUGCGAUUUUUUUAUAUGGCUGAGUGUUAUUAUAUUAUAAUAUGUAUAUACAAAUAAUGGAUGUAGUGUGAACAAGUAAAGCAAAAUAUUGUAUUGUCAUCAUUUUAUCUUUGCAUAUUUAUUGCAAUGCUUUUACACAUGUAUAUCCGUUGUUGAUACAUUUCUUCAUGCUGUGGUACAACCUAUUUAUUGAUUAUUUAUAAAGGUUAACAAUAUAAUGUUUGUUGAGCAGUAUAUAAUGGUAAAGCCAUGAAUUUGAUAUUUUUUGAUAACUGUUAUUUACAUCUUAAAUAUUGUAAUCUUCGUUUCUUCUGAUAUCGUCUGAAAGCUUAAAGCACAAUAAUGCAGUAAAAAGGCGUAUACAUAUAUAUUACCUAAUGUUUUGUACACCUUAGUACUAUACACCUAUGUAUACAAUAUGUAAUAAAAUGUUGAAAAAAA